UGUUGAAUUACAUGAAUCACUUCAUUUUGUCAUUGAUGCAGUACACCGAAUCUGAAGCAACGCGUUGAAUACGCGGUUAUUUGCGCAGUUGUGUGAAGAAAAUGACGAACACUUUCAUAUUACUCCUUCACACUGAAGUACGCUAGCUGUCGAAAGGCUUAUGUUUGACAAGAUUUUUUGCACUUUUUGAGACUAUUCCAGAAUUUCUGGAUACUAAAGAUAAAAUUUUAAAAGAAAAUUUAAUGAAGAGGAAAACAGACAUCGCCUAUUUAACAGAUUUGUUUACAAAAUUUAAUAUGGUUAAUUUGCAAUUACAAGGCGACAGUUUAAAUUUGAUUAAAGCACAGUCCAUCUUAUCAGCGUUUCCUGCCAGAGUUAACCUAAUGAAGCAAAAUAUUGGACGGGGCGAAUUUUCUCAGUUCCCCAAUUUGUCACAGACAAGCUGCCAGGCAGACGACGUUUCAACUUACGUACAACAUUUAAAUGCCCUCUAUUCAGAUUUUGAAUCUAGGUUUGAGGAUAUUUUGACUAUGGUAAUACCACCGUGGAUAAUUAAUCCAUAUGGUCACAUAGAAGAAACGAAUGUCAUAAUACAAGAGGAACUGACUGAACUAAGUACAAACGAGGAACUUAAGGUUCAGUUUAAAAACGAAUAUCAGCAAUUCUGGCUGCAAAACAACAUACCCGUUACUUAUCCCAUAGCAUAUAGUUUAUUUUUGAGACCAGAUGCAAUUGUACUUAAAAUUAAGGCUUGCGUCAAGUUACAAUCCCAGAAACUUUACUUGUGUCUCAAAGAUAUUGGUGAGACAUUUACAUUAACGAUAAUUACUUUCUUCUGA